AAGCGGAAAUGAUUUGCGGAGGAGCUUUCCGCAUACAUCUCGUCAGAUAACAACUGAGCAAUGUUUAUGCAUAAUAUUUAUGGGGUGGGAAAACAGACUUCAACGCACGCUUCACCGCAAAAAAUUGGUUCCCACAUUUCUCGCUUUUGUCUUUGGCAUUCUUAUUGGCUGGGGAUUUCGGUCCCUCAGUGAAAGUUGGAUCGGAAGCGAUAAUGACAAAGAAGAAACUUUCCUCUUCGUCGCAAUAGUGUCAUCGCCAAAUGCAUCGAGCUCCCGGCACGUUAUUCGUAAUACAUGGGUUCGAUUACGAAGCCAACCUACAGUAUCCUACAAGUUCUUCGUUGGCACCUAUGGCCUCUCACCACCCCAUGCCGAAAGUCUUGCGCACGAAAGGGAAACUCACGGCGACCUUGUCACACUCGAGCACUUCGAAGAUAGCUACGACAGACUUUCUUUGAAGCUGCUAGAAAUAUUUAAAUGGACAGCUGGAAAUGUAAGGUUCGCGUACAUGCUCAAGGUGGACGACGACUCCUUGGCACGAGUAGACGUCAUUGCGGAUGAACUGCUCCAAAGACCGAAGACGUCCUUGUACUGGGGUUUCUUUUCCGGAAAUGCACGCGUCUUUCGGGAAGGAAAGUGGGCGGAUAAGACGUGGUUUUUGUGCGACCGCUACCUGCCAUACGCUCGUGGAGGAGGCUAUGUAUUAUCUGCAGAUAUCGUGCACUACGUGGCGACCAACGCCAACCUUCUCCAGGCUUACAAGAGUGAGGACGUGUCUGUGGGUGUUUGGCUGUCGCCAUUAAAGCUGACGAGACAACACGACCCCAGGUUCGACACGGAGUACAAGUCCCGAGGGUGCUUCAAUACCUAUCUCGUGACACACAAACAGACUGAACACAUGAUACAGCAGAAGUUUAAUAGCUUGCAGCGUAACGGGCUGCUGUGCCCCAUGGAAGUUCGGACACGGUACUCGUACGUUUACAACUGGGACGUGAGACCGUCGCAGUGCUGCAUUCGUAAUGACACUAAGGUACCAUGAAGGUAUCUUAUUGCUCUUCACAUAUUGGUGAACCAUCAUUUCUACGCUACUCUUACACCUACUGGGACCGCGUUCCGUAGAUAAUUGCCGAAAUGUGGCUAAGCCUGUCUUUCUUGGUACCACCGCUGUUCAUUGACGAUGUCACAAAAAACGAAAAGCAACAAACAAAUGCAUAAAACCAUGGUCACAACAACAUGCAACAAAAGUCAUGCUGACAUCUGCAGUGGUGCAGGUGACCCGCGUUUGAGAGGAUUUUGCAAUUUUCUUUUUGAAUAAACAUUGUUUACACACUCCAA